CGGGGAAAUCCCCUUCCUCUCCACUUUUUUACAACGUGACCCUAAUCGGCGGCAGUGGCCGUCUCAGAUCGAUCCGGAUUGAAUCAGCCGAUCAGCUGAGCGAGCGCGACACACAUGGCGCCCAGAGGAAUACCCAAAAAUUUUGUUUACAAACAAAUGUGACGUCAGCUCGUUAGAUCCCCGGCUCGCUAGGCCAGUGCAGUGCACAUGCAGUAUCUAUCACGUAUCGUGCGUGCGUACGACUCAAUUCGAUGUUCACGAUCAGCUCGCGAAGGAGAAUUCCAGCAAAGACAAAAUGAAUCAGGAAAACAGACAGGUGAACCUCAACGAGGAGCAGGUUCACCAGAUGGCUGAGUUUGUUGGGGAGCAUAGAGAGGCCUUGUUUGGGAAAGCGGGGCACUGUAGUUUGAGGGUCCAGCAGAGGAAGGAAAGGGCAUGGAGUCAGCUCCUACAUGAGAUGGAGGCCCAAGGCCUCCCGAAAGGGAGGACCUGGAAGGAUCUGAGGACCAGUUGGAAUAGCUGGUCCAGCAAAGCUAAAAAGUAUUGGUUGCAAAGGAUGGCAACAGGAGGUGGACCAGUGAAAUUCAAUAAAAAAUAUGAAGAGGUGCUGGCGGCACUGGCGCCACAGGCCCUGGAUGGCUUUUGUGGGAUGGAGGGAGAGACCUCUGUGGAAGCUGACUUGCCAUUGACUGAAAGUCAGAAUGAUGCUGCAGCAGCACUUCUAAUGAACAUGAUGGAGGAGGAGGAGGAAAUCGCUCAAAGGGAAGAAAUACCACAAGGAGCCACAGGAGGAGAGCAGCAACCAGAAACAUUCCCCCAAACUUCUCACCAGGCAUCUCUUAUAUCUUUCCACGAAAGGUUUUUAGAGGAGGACCAAAAGGUGGAGGCCUUGCAGGGGAUCCUCAUGGUCUUGAAGGAGAUUAGGGAUAAGCUACAUUAAAUGGUCAAAUUAAUUUUGUUUAUGGUAAUGAUGAUGUAAAGAGAUUACAAAACACAGAUGAUCUAGCUCACCUUUAUAUUGACACACUAUAUAUUGUUACCAUGGUUGUAUAGUUAUAGAAUUAUAAUUCAGACCUCUUUAUACAUGUAUUUUGAUGAAUUUUCUUUACCAAGGGAAUACCAUUUGUAUCAAAUAUGGCAAAUAUUUUUGGAUGUAAAAAAAAAGAUUCCAACAUAUGUGAAUAUCCUUCCUACACUUCAAGACCAGUAAAGGCAUAAGUAAUAAUAUACAAAUAAAAAAACAUUUGAAGCCCUUAAAGCUGUCUUAAUACCCGAUUUGAUAGUUUGUAUCUUUUUAUAAAAUAACAUUCAACCAUUGGAUAUACUGUCCAAUUUGAAAAGACACUAGAUUGGUAGUUUGUAUCUUUUUAUAAAAUAACAUUCAACCAUUGGAUAUACUGUCCAAUUUGAAAAGACACUAGGUUGAUAGUUUGUAUCUUUUUAUAAAAUAACAUUCAACCAUUGGAUAUACUGUCCAAUUUGAAAAGACACUAGGUUGAUAGUUUGUAUCUUUUUAUAAAAUAACAUUCAACCAUUGGAUAUACUGUCCAAUUUGAAAAGACACUAGGUUGAUAGUUUGUAUCUUUUU